UUAAAGUUGCCUGUUACAUCUUUCCCUAUUUGUUUUUUUUUCUAUGGAUUUCUCAAACUUCACUUGUUUAACAUUGUUUUUCUUCCUAGGUACAUAGCUCGGGCUGAUUAUUUUAUUUUAUUUUAGAAGAGAAUUGAACUAUUUUCAAGAACAAGGCUGAUUUAGCACUGUAGGCAUCUCUCUUUUUCUCCCUAACCCACAUUCCUGUCUUUGUGGUCUUGAAAGAUGAUGGAGUCCUUGUGUUAAGGAUAUACCUUUUGCCUCCCAGGCUUAAAACCCUUUUUAAUUUGGAUUUGACACUUCUCUGGGGAACAGAGGAAAGGUCACAAUUCUGCCCAUGUUCAGUAACAGCUUUUUGUUUUCACGUGCAGUGAUGAAUAUUCAGAUCCGUGCUGAGCAGGAAGAUGCUUCCUGAAACUGCAUUUUGGGAUACUGACAAGAGUAGCUGUGUCUGAGCAGGCACUCGGACUGGGAAAAGUUCUCUGCUGUUGUCAUAUAACAAUUUUUUGGCUUCCUCUGGAAAAAGAAUCAAAUAUCUAGCAAGCAGGAGCUGGUGGGAGCCUGCUGUGGGAAUGGAGGUAGGGAAGAUGAUAAUUUCUUGCAUUACUUGGGAGAGAGACUGAAGGCUGGUGGGAGGAAUGAAGAUGAGGUGAGAAGGUCAGUAGUUAGGAGGAAACAAAUGACUGCAGCAGAGAAGAAUAUCUUGGAGGAAAUGGGAACCAGUAGCUAAUGAGAAAAGGAGGAGGAAGAGGAAGAACUGUAUCUGCAAGCAAGCAGCCUGAACUGACCAAGUGAAAAUCAAGGGAGAGAAGUGGGUGAGACUAUUCAAGAAGUGUGGGUCACAGACGCCAAACCAUGCUGUGUCGUGACGUGCUAAGGAUGAAAAAGAAAUCAGACUGGAACUGUGGGAGUACCAGCAGUGAGUGGUAAAGAAAUCGAAGCUUGUAGUUAUGAGGAAAAUAGCAAGAAUGAGGUGAAAUUUGGGUCAUGAAGCUGUGCCCGCAGCAUCACAAACAUGAACUGUGCAAAGAGGGGAGGUUGCCUUUGUGACACCAUGGUUCUGCUGCUCCUCUGCUUUCUGUCUGCAGAGCUUGUUUUGAGCUCUUCCACCAGCCAGCUCAGCAGAAGGAACCUGCUGGAGCAGGUGUGAUGGACAGGUAGCAGAAGAUUUCACUUUGAUAUCAGGGAAUCAGAAUGACCGAGUGCUUCCUGCCUCCCACCAGCAGCCCCAGUGAACACCGUCGGGUAGAACACAGUGGGGGUCUUGCUCGUACUCCCAGCUCUGAAGAGAUCAGCCCUACAAAAUUCCCUGGGUUGUACCGUACUGGUGAGCCUUCGCCACCUCAUGACAGCUUGCAUGAGCCUCCAGAUAUAGUAUCUGAUGAUGAAAAGGAGCAUGGGAAGAAGAAAGGAAAAUUUAAAAAGAAAGAAAAAAGAACGGAAGGUUAUGCUGCCUUCCAAGAGGACAGUUCUGGCGAUGAAGCUGAAAGUCCUUCCAAGUUGAAGCGGUCCAAGGGAAUACAUGUCUUCAAGAAACCCAGCUUUUCCAAAAAAAAGGAAAAGGAUUUUAAAAUAAAAGAGAAACCCAAAGAUGAAAAACACAAGGAAGACAAGCAUAAGGAAGACAAACACAAAGAGAAGAAGUCAAAAGACUUAACUGCGGCAGAUGUUGUUAAACAGUGGAAAGAGAAGAAGAAAAAGAAAAAGCCAAUUCAAGAGCCGGAGAUACUUCAGAUGGAUGUUCCAAGUCACAGACCUGUGUUUGGCAUUCCGUUGUCUGAUGCAGUAGACAGGACCAUGAUGUAUGAUGGCAUCCGCCUGCCUGCAGUUUUCCGUGAAUGUAUAGAUUAUGUAGAGAAGUAUGGCAUGAAGUGUGAAGGCAUCUACAGAGUUUCAGGAAUAAAGUCAAAAGUUGAUGAGCUCAAGGCAGCCUAUGACCGAGAAGAAUCUCCCAACCUGGAAGAAUACGAGCCCAACACAGUAGCCAGUUUGCUGAAACAGUACCUUCGAGAACUGCCUGAAAACUUGCUUACCAAAGAGCUAAUGCCCCGCUUUGAAGAUGCUUGUGGAAAGAGCACAGAAGCUGAGAAAGUCCAGGAGUGCCAGAGGCUGCUGAAAGAGCUGCCCGAGUGUAACCAUCUCCUCAUUUCUUGGCUCAUCGUGCACAUGGACCACGUUAUUGCAAAGGAACUGGAAACAAAAAUGAACAUCCAGAAUAUUUCUAUAGUGCUCAGCCCUACUGUCCAGAUCAGCAACCGUGUCCUGUACGUAUUUUUUACGCAUGUUCAAGAGUUCUUUGGGAAUGUGACUCUAAAACAGGUAACAAAACCUCUUCGUUGGUCAAAUAUGGCGACCAUGCCGGCACUACCAGAGACACAGGAAAGCAUCAAAGAAGAAAUCAGACGACAGGAGUUCCUACUGAACUGUUUACACCGAGACUUGCAGGCAGGGAUAAAAGACUUAUCCAAAGAAGAGAGACUCUGGGAGGUGCAAAGAAUUUUAACAGCUCUUAAGAGGAAGCUAAGAGAAGCCAAGAGACAAGAGUGUGAAACAAAGAUUGCACAAGAAAUUGCCAGCCUUUCCAAGGAGGAUGUCUCCAAAGAAGAAAUGAAUGAGAAUGAGGAAGUUAUAAAUAUUCUACUUGCUCAGGAGAAUGAGAUUUUAACAGAGCAAGAAGAACUGCUGGCCAUGGAGCAGUUUCUGCGGAGACAAAUAGCCUCAGAGAAGGAAGAAAUUGAUCGCCUUCGUGCAGAAAUAGCUGAAAUACAAAGUCGCCAGCAGCAUGGCCGGAGUGAAACAGAGGAGUAUUCUUCAGAGAGUGAAAGUGAGAGUGAGGAUGAGGAGGAGCUGCAGGUCAUCCUGGAGGAUUUGCAGAGGCAGAAUGAGGAGCUGGAGAUAAAGAACAAUCAUCUGAACCAAGCAAUUCACGAGGAGCGAGAGGCCAUCAUUGAGCUGCGUGUGCAGCUCCGGCUGUUGCAGCGAGCCAAGUCAGAGCAGCAGGCACAGGAGGAGGACGAAGCAGAAAAGCGUGGGGCUGCUUCUCAGCAGCAAAGGGACGGGGUCCUGGAGACAAAAGCAGCCAAAGAGCAGCCAAAAGCAAGCAAGGAGCAGCAAGUGAAGCCAUCUCCAAGCAAAGACAGGAAAGAAACUCCUAUUUGAUCAGGCUCCUUGGGUAUUUAUAAUGUAACGUCAACCACCGCCGUGUGCAAAUAACUGACAUUUGGGUCAAACUGCACAAUUGGUUGCUGGCUGUGUGCAUCCUGUAAAGAACUUUGUGUGCUAAGCCUGGAGACUGUUGUCUCUACUCCUUGUGCUGCUCAUCAGACUCAGGUGAGUGCAGAGAGGCCAGAAGAGUUCUCCAGCUUCUAUCAGAUUAUUUCGAGACUGGUUUCCUUCAGGUGAUUUACAAUAAUUCAGUAACAGUUUUAUUUUAAACCAAACCCAUUAUUUACAUUCAUCAGAGCAGAACUGAAGGUCUCAUUUUCAGCAAAUGAACGCAAAUGCACCGACACAUACUAAUUAUUUGCCCUAUGAUUCUACUCAUUCACCAUUAUUUCUGCUUAUUAACCUCGUCACUUCUUGCUUGUGCCUUUGAUACCUUUCUGAUGCAGAUUAUAUACAUGGGAGCUUUAAAUUUAUCCUUGGUUGGCUGAAAAGGUGGGAGACUGUGGGGUAUCAUGUUUACCUGACAUGCCCUUAAACUUCUUUUUUUGUUGUUUUAAGGUGUACUGAAUAAAUGUAAAACUUGACAGAUGUUAUUUAUGUCUCUGUAUGAUGGAAACGUUCACCAAGAGCUGUUCAUGCACAGCAGUGCAGCUGAUGCAUCUGCUCACUCGCAAACCAUCGUCACACCCACUGUGAGACAGGUCUGUGCUGCUGCCCUACAGCCAAGCAGUGCUGUGUUCCUCUCUGAAGGGGCGGCACCAGCUGGAGGCACCGGGCCCAGCAACAGCCUUGGGUUGGCGUUGUAAGUCAGCCUGGUGGCUGCUUUAUUUCCUGCCUCCACCCCUCCGGAGCCUUUGGCCCUGUGGGCAGCUGAGGGCCAGUCCUGUUUCACACAUGACCUCUCCAUCAGCCCCGGGGGCAGGCGCAGAGAGCUGCUCUUAUUUCUUAAUUGGGGUAUUUAUUUUCAGCACCUGUUGGACGUGGUUAUAAUUCUGUAUCUAUUGCACUGUUGUGAAGCAUUGGCCAUGAUUUGAUUUUGUACAAAUAAUGCUUUGAUAUGUUAUAGAAAACUGCAUAGUAUUUUUUUAAAAUUUGGAAAGAAGUUUAUAAACACAAAAAGUGGUCAGAUGACAGAUGUUAAAUAGAGCAUUCUCCCUUGCCUUCGUUACAUACAUUUUAUAUAUGCUGGCAAUAUUUAAACUUUUUUUUGUUGUUUCUUUCACACUAAUUCCUAUUGAAUUGUCACGGAUUUUUCUAAUGUUCUUCAGAAAAAUCUCUUAAUCUGGUUAACUUUUAUUUUGUUAGGAUUGUAUUUAUCAAGCAAAUAAAUUCAACAGCCAUUUGAAA